CCAGAUUCUCAUAGAUUCACUGGAAUGACAACAGCCAUUGCCUGCAGUAUAUUUACAACCUUAAUUCUGAAACAGCUCGCAAAAAAAAACCUCAACGCACUAUAAUGCAAAUAAUAGUCUUUCUAUGCGAACUCUCUUAAAAAGGAUUACUUCCUCAUUGAUAAUUCCCCAGCUAGCAUUUUUUUCGGGCGCAUUGCAGACUUUUUGGGGCAAACUUUGGGCAAAUUGCAGACUUUUUGGGGCAAACUUAGGGCACAUUGCAGAUUCCGAUGAACACUUAGGGCGCAUUGCAGACUUUUCGGAACAACCUGAUGAACGGUUAUUGGCUACAAAACAACCAAUGGGAGUAACCCUGAUGUACUUCCUCAACCAAUGACAGUUAACUUUUUAAAACUGCGUUACAAUGAAUCUGAAUUAGUGAUUAGUAAUACAUAAUUUAAAAUAAUAAACUCUUUUUAUAUAAACAAUCAAUUAAAUGUACUUUCACUAUCUGAAUACAUCACAAAAGGCUCCUACCUGAGAAAUGUUUUACUGCACUGAAAUCCUUCGAAGCGGCGGAAUCCACCAUUUUCAUUUCCUUUGUUGUGAGUUGGCGUGUUUGUCACCCUUCUUUUUAACGAAGUUUUCCAAGUAAUUAAUUGCGUAGUGAGACGUUUUAUAUUGCGACUUUAACAGUAGCGGCCAUUUUUAUUAUUAGGCAUAGCGUAUUAGUUGUGUAGACUGCAGGAAUCCGUUUUUUAACCGUUUUUCCAAUUUCUUCCAGGUAACAUGAGCUCUCACAUUUCCCCGUCAAGUAUCAAUAAUACGCCAAAUGACAGCAGACCACCAGCUAAUGUCGAACCAUACCGCCGGAAGAAUUCUAGACUACGUAAGUUUAUUAAUCAAUCUUCUUUAACGAUGCAGCGGUAGUCAAUUUUGACUUAAGACGAUAUAGGUCAACAUACUACCGGCGUCUAAAAAAGUACAAUCUGGAUUGGAAGAAGCGUGUAGAAGAAUCAUAUGCGAAAAUUCUUGCAAGUGAACCCCAACCUGAAACAAUAGCAGGAAACAUGGUUACUCCCCAACAAAUUAUCGUUCCAGUUGAUGUUCCUCGUAAUAGCAUGUCACCUACACCGUCAUUUGAUGACCAUUUACCGAAUGAACAACUGUCUGCAACAGAGGAAGUUGACCAAACUGAGUGCACUCCAGUGGAUUCUGUUCGCAACGUCGUCUACAGAUGCAAGCUGAAUAUGACUACUACUCGUAUUUUGCUGGAAGAAUUAAGACCACAUCAUCCUGAACUGCCGACUGACCCUCGGAUAUUGAUGAGGACUAAAGACUUUUUUGAAAGGAGAGCAGUUGGUUCUGGAAUAUAUGUUCACAUUGGUCUUCGUCGUCAGAUUUUAUCUCGGUUACAAAUUGUCAAAUGUAAACUCUCUGUGCCAAUUGCUCUUCAGCUGAACAUUGAUGGUGCCCCAAUUUUCAACAACUCCAAAUUACAGAUGUGGCCAAUACAAGGAAAGUUACUUUUUUCGGGCUGUGACAAGGUAUUCUUGGUAGGAGUCUACUGUGGUUCGUGUAAACCUUUAAGUAUACACAGUUUUUUGAGGGACACUAUCAUCGAAUUAGAAAACAUUUGUGCCAAUGGUGUUACAUUACACAACAAUCAUCGCAUGGACAUUGUACUUAAGGCCGUCAUCUGUGAUACACCAGCAAGAGCACUAGUUAAGCAAAUAAGUGGUCACAAUUCAACACAAGGAUGCGAUAAAUGUGAGGCUUUAUGCUGUCGUGCUAAUCGUCGCAUGGUUUUUCCUACUACAUGUGCUGCUUUAAGAACAGACAUGUCUUUUCGCAACCAAACUUUGCCAUGUCACCAUAAAGGUAAAUCUCCUUUCGAGAGAUUGCAUGUAGACAUGAUCACAACUUUCCCUAUAGAUAGCAUGCAUCUCAUAUACUUAGGUGUAGUUCGAAAGUUGAUUGAAUAUUGUAUAUUAUAGCUCGGACGAUCGUCCGAGCUAUAAUAUACAAUUUUACGCUCUACUAAGAACAAAAUACAGCAAAAUACUGCCAUCCGGCUACAGAAGUCUAAAAAUAGUCAAAUAUAAUCUAUUUCCAAAAAAAUAGGUGAUUAUAACGUCUGUUGACGUGAGCGCGGUAACCGAUGGCAUUGCGCGAUAACACCUGGUGUCGGCCUAUAUCCUCACACAUUGUUAAGGCAAUGGAUAAAGGCACACACGACCUUAUGGAGAGGCUGAGCACUUCAAGGUCACAUAUGCAUACUGUGAUUGGUAGAUUUUACUUUGCGUAAACGCUGCGGCUAAUACGUAGCUCACGUUACUAAGGCGGACUUUGAAAGGAUAGUAAUAAAAGUCGCAUAAAGAUUACACUUUUUCAGCUUAAGGACACAAGUUAACGCAUGUAUUGAUUUUACAGAUGUGAUAUACAUGUGGACCCACUAAAAAAGAGAAUAUUAUUGGGUAACUUAAUCAAAGAAGUAUAAAGUUUGAAGAUUUAGUCUUUUUCAGUUGAUUGUAACGGACAGAGAGGAGAGGCAUUUGUGUAACAUUUGCAUUUCGCAGAAAACAAACUGUGAAAGAUAAACUGGAAGUUCUAGGAUUCUUAAAGUUUAUUAUGGGAUAUAUGGACUGUUCAUACCGAUUCUACUAUUGUUCCCUCCCUUGUUCACAUAUUCAUUGUUGCUAAGAUUAGGGAUUGUUCACCUGAAGUAAGAUUAAUUCAUCUGAUAUGUAUAUAUCCUUAGAUAUUUCUCAGUGUGGCCGGAGGUGGUCAAAGGAAUACAAUCUCAAUCUUUGCAUGGAAAGGUCAUAACCAGUUUCUUCUGAAGGAUCAGGUGGUGCUGAAAGCUGUAAAGACUGGUCCAGUGUCACAAUCAUCUAAGGGAAACUGAUCCACAUAUUGUGGAUAAAACGAUUAGUGGACUUUAAUUUGACAAUCAUGUACCCAUAAAGAAUCUACAACUGUGAUUUUUUUCCACCCUUUUUAAUAUGAAUAUGUACUGUUUAACUGUUUUUAUUUUGUAAAUAUAUGCAUUUAUGUUGACUA